UAUUUUUGAAUGGCGAUAGUCAAACUACUGUUGAAGAGAGAUAUUCAAACCCUGUGAUGCAAAAGAAAGAUGGAUGUGCUACGAUGUCCUUUGACAUACAGUUGUUUUUGGUAAAAAAUGGGUGAUCAACCAUGCGUUCGUCAAACACAUUCCAUGAGCAGUUAGAGACUGCUGUAAUAUUUGUUAAUAAUAUAUUAUGUCUGAAAGUUUCCAUAAUAGACCUAAACCUUCAGCCAAAGUAAAAAGAAAAUGACAAAAUGAUGAGGGCAACAGGAUAAAAGGAAGGGCUUAAGCAUUAAGAAGCUACCCACAUUAAUUGACUGAAAUAACAGCGAUUGUUUUUAGAAGGGAGAAUAUGCAAUUAAGAUAAAGAAAUGUGACGGACGUGAUGGUUAAUAUAGUCAUCCUGACAUGUAUUAUAAACGAUUUGGGACUAAAAGCUUUUUAAGGUGUCAAUCUCAUAUCAUCAACUCAAUAGAUCGAACAGAUUACACGUUGUAAGUUUUAGAAGACUAAUUAGGCAGUAUGGUAAAUGAUUGACCUAUAUGUACAAUCUGAAUGGACAUCCAAGUUUACCCAACUUAUAUAUUAAAUGACACUUGCACUACCUAAUCCUGUUUUUUGUGCCAUGUUAUGUUUGCUUAUACGCUUCUUCCUUUGAUAGAAUAUGAGCUGCUAGGUGGUGACUUCUCCCCUUAAUUACCACAAUCUUUGAAGCUUAGAAUAUCUUAACGAAUAUGACCCUUAUUACUGCAUUUGCCUGUCCGAAUGUGCCUAUAAAAUCCAGCAUGUGUCCACUAGACUUGUGGAACUAAUAGCGAUUACACUAUCUAAGGAAGAGCUUUAUUCCACAGCAAAACAAUCUUCCCUUUGUUGAUUCUAUCGAUAAUGGGUAGACCUCCAUGUUGCUUCGCUGAGGAUAACUUGAAGAAGGGUCCUUGGACACCUGAGGAGGAUGAGAAGUUGGUAGAUUAUAUCAAUAAACACGGUCAUGGAAGCUGGAGACUUCUACCAAAGCUUGCAGGACUAAAUAGAUGUGGAAAGAGUUGCAGACUGCGAUGGACAAAUUAUCUAAGGCCUGAUAUCAAAAGAGGAAAGUUCACCGAUGAAGAAGAAAGAAUUAUAGUUAAUCUUCAUUCGGUUCUUGGAAACAAGUGGUCAAGAAUAGCUGGCCAUCUUCCAGGACGGACAGAUAAUGAAAUCAAGAAUUUCUGGAACACCCACAUAAGGAAGAAGCUCCUUCAAAUGGGAAUUGAUCCUAACACUCACAAGCCUAGAACUGAUCUCAAUCAUCUUUUGAGUCUUUCUCAGUUACUUGGCGGGUUGCAAUUUGGUAGCUUGACAAGUGCUGCUCCAUGGCACAAUAUUCUAAAGUUACAAGCAGAUGCCACUCACUUAGCCAAAACUCAAGUGCUGCAAAAUUUAUUACAGAUUAUCAACACAAGCACACUGACAAAUACACGAAACAUAAGCCAUAUAGGGCCCCAAAAUCGUAACCCAGUUGAAGAACUAUCCAAUAAGGCUAUCUCCUUCAACACCAAUCCACUGGCGUGCAUUGAAGGUGGUUUGGGCCAAGGAGUCUCGAACAUGGAGAAUAACAGCUUGAGCAGUUGCUACGAUAUUCAAACAGAAAUAACACUUCCUGAACUUAUCUCAACCUCAAGUUCUCCUGAGACUUCCGUCUUCAACCAAGUGGAAAGCAAUCCUGACUACUUUGAUGGCUGGCCUACCCUAACAGUAUUUGAAUCUUUGGAUAAUCUAAUGGAUAAUGAAACCAGUUGCUCCUUUUGGAAAGAUAUUCUAGACUCAACAUCAUUCUUACAUACACCAGCUGAAGCACCCACUCUGUGGACAUAAACAGAAGAAGAAAAGUUUGAUUUUUGUUUCAGAAUUAUUAGUUCUAUCCUGUCGAUGUUGAUUAACAACAUAAACUAUAGCUUACCUGUGGAUAAGGUAACCUCUGAAUUCAGAUUCAUUCAAAUUGCGAAAACGUGUUCUUUUUUUAUUACGUUCAUUAUUGUUUGCAUUUUAUUGUAAUGAU